CCGUUUAAGAUGUCUCAAAUGGGAGGUGCACUCGAGCCGUCUCCACUGGUACGCUCUCCCUCCCCUCACAACACCCUUACAACUUUUAAGGCACUCUGCCACAGUUGCUUUGGGUUCAACUCCACUGACCUCUCCUCCAAGUCCCCUGCUGGCCAAGGCUGCUUCACCCACGUGCCCACUGCCUCAUGCAUGCACGCAUGCUCUCCUGCCACCUCUAUCCCUCUGUCCCUGUGGCUCUCUGUCGUUCUAUCCCCCCUCCCCCCCACCCUUCCCUCCAGUGGCGCCUGUAUUACCAGAAGUGGUUGUCUAUUCCUUUCUCCCUCUCCCCCUCCCUCCCUCCCUCCCAGUGGCGCCUGUGUUCUACGCGCACCUGGCAGCGACGCACUGCCGCAACCACUUUGACCACGAUCAUGAUCACGACGCCACCGAGUUCUCCUCCGAGGCCACUGCCUCAUGCAUGCUCCCCUGCUCCCAUGCUCCCAUGCUCCCAUGCUCCCAUGCUCCUCUGCUCCCCUGCUCCCAUGCUCCCAUGCUCCCAUGCUCCCAUGCUCCCAUGCUCCCAUGCUCCCAUGCUCCCCUGCUCCCAUGCUCCCCUGCUCCCAUGCUCCCAUGCUCCCAUGCUCCCCUGCUCCCAUGCUCCCAUGCUCCCAUGCUCCCCUGCUCCCAUGCUCCCCUGCUCCCAUGCUCCCAUGCUCCCAUGCUCCCAUGCUCCCCUGCUCCCAUGCUCCCAUGCUCCCAUGCUCCCAUGCUCCCAUGCUCCCCUGCUCCCAUGCUCCCAUGCUCCCAUGCUCCCCUGCUCCCAUGCUCCCCUGCUCCCAUGCUCCUCUGCUCCCAUGCUCCCCUGCUCCCAUGCUCCUCUGCUCCCAUGCUCCCCUGCUCCCAUGCUCCUCUGCUCCCAUGCUCCUCUGCUCCCAUGCUCCUCUGCCAACUGUGUCACCCUGCCCCUGUAUCCCUCUGCCCCUGUGUCCCUGCCCCUCUCCUCCCUCCCUCCCAGUGGCACCUGUGUUCUACGCACACCUGGCAGCGACGCACUGCCGCAACCACUUCGACCACGGUCACGAUCACGAUGCCACCGACUUCUCCUCCGAGUCUAGUGCCGGCCGCAACAGGGACCCUGGCGUCCCUCGCCCUCCCCCGCCGCCUGUGCCUGAGCUACCUGCUCUCGCUCAGGGCAUGCCCACACGCAUGUUCUACUGCUGAGUUUAAAUGCGUCUCAAGACGCCGCUGCCCCUCGUCCUCCCCUUCUUCCCUCGCCACCCCCCUCCGCCUGUGCCUGAGUUGCCUGCUCUCGCUCAGGGCAUGCCCACACGCAUGUUCUACUGCUGAGUUUCGAGACGUUCCAAGACGCCGCUGCCCCUCGUCCUCCCCUUCUUCCCCUCGCCCUCCCCCGCCGCCCGUGCCUGAGCUGCCUCUUCUCGCUCAGGGCAUGCCCGCCGCAUGUUCUACUGCCGAGUUCGAGACGUCUCAAGACGCCGCCGCCCCUCUCCCUUUCCCUCCUACCCCUGAGCCGCCUAAUCUCGCUCACUGCAUCCCCACAUGCAUUUUCUUCGCUGAGUUUGAAGACGUGUAA